AUGUCAAGUCGAACCCUACGAUCGGGAAAAGUGAUUGGUGACACAGUUAGUGCAAAUGGUGGUGUGCAAGUGGUGGUCACGGAAGAUCCGGAGGCUUCCGGACGAACGUGUCAGGCGUGCCGUGGACUGGAUACGGUCGAUAUGGUGCAAUGCGACGUGUGUUACAAGUGGCAUCAUUUUCAGUGUGCAGGAGUCACGCAGCGAAGAGAAAGUCUCCCUUGGAGUUGUGCCAAAUGCGAAUCAGCGAAUGGAGUCCAGGAAACCCGUUCUACUUCAGCUCUUCUCCUAGGAAGUGGUGGCCCCUCAGGACAACCGUCCAAAUCGCACACAAAUAGGCCCACCGUGCCGCCACAGGCCCAGCUCCAAUACCAACACGAACAGCAGUCACAUCAACAACAAACACAACAUCAGCUGCAGCAGCGACAUGAUGUAACAGCUAGUCAACUCGCCCUUUCGCUUUCAGCGGAGGAAUCACAUCAACCUAAAGGAUCGAAACAAGCUCCGUUCGUCACUUCGCUUCAGUGGAUCGUGUCCCCGUCCCGACAGGGAUCCGCCGCUGCAUCGGAGUCUUCAAGUCGCUCGUCACAAGCCGUCGCAAAGCUGAAACUUCAAAUGCUGGAGGAAAUGAGGAAUGUCGAGCGCCGUGAAACAGAGCGGCAACGAGCAAUCGCAGCGGAGGAUGCCAAAAGGGAGAAGGCAUUCCUGGAGCAGAAAUACCAGCUGUUGGAGCAAGCCAUGAGCGAAAGUGGCUCUUCUAAAAACGGUUCUAUGGCCAGAACCCAGAACUGGGUCGCUACAACGAGCGCACAUCGUGGUGAACAGAUAACAUCUCUAGCCGAGGGCCAAGUUAAUUCGGAUAUGUUCGGGGGCAAGAUGCAAGUUUGGAACCCUGCAACUACGCGAAUUGGUAGCACUCGCUCGUCUCUACCAGAACCAAACCCUCCUGAUCCAUUUCCAGUACCGGAGUCCUUGCUGAGCUGCCCCGUAGAUCCACUGGCGCUCAAUCCCGGGAUGCAGCGAUUAAAUCUCGCAUCGGUGAAUCAAGCUCCACCACCGAUACAAUGCCGGCCAAUCCUUGGUGCUGACCCAUCCCGCCGAGUUUCCCUAGCACAGCUACCUCAUUCCAGCGGACACGGAGUAGCUGCAUCGAUCGCUUCUCAACAAUUCGAAGGGGGUCCGUCGCGUAGAUUUUCCCAUAACGCACCGGUUCCAGAACAUCGACAGUUUAUCCCACGCUCGAGCCAACCAACGGCUAAUCAGCUGCUGCGCCCUCACUCGUCCACUAUGCGAGAACACCGAUUCUACGACCAAGAUGGAGAGCAAGAAAUCGAUCCGUACCCGAUAUCUCGGAAGCAAUUGGCUGCUCGGCAAGCUGUUUCGAGGGAUCUUCCGACGUUUUCUGGUGACCCGGAGGAGUGGCCUCUCUUUCUAUCCACUUUCAACAGCACUACUGCUCUAUGUGGAUUCACCAAUGAUGAGAACAUCGUUCGUCUACAGCGAAGUUUGAAGGGACGAGCGUAUGAAGCAGUCAAGAGCAGAUUGCUUCACCCAUCGAACAUCAGCGGGAUCAUGUCAACGCUUAAGAUGCUAUUUGGGCAACCGGAGGUAAUCGUUCACUCGAUGAUGACGAAGAUAAACUUGCUUCCAGCACUGAAGGAAGAUAAGCUAGAAACCAUCGUAGAUUUCGCCGUCAGCGUCCAAAACUUUUGUGCGACCGUGGACGCAUGUGGAUUGGAAGAAUACUUCUACAAUAUGACUUUUCUACAUGAACUCGUGAACAAGCUGCCACCAUCGAUCAAGCUGAGUUGGGCACAGUACCGAUUAUCGCUACCAACGGUCAAUUUGAUGUCUUUCAGCAACUGGCUUUACACCCUAGCUGAAGCGGCUACGCCACCCUGUGCAAAAGGUGUUGUUGAUAGCUGCCUAGUAUGCAAAGGAAACUGCCAGGCAAUCGCCAAAUGCCAACGUUUCUUGGAGUUUUCCCGCGAUUCUCGCUGGGCGACUGUUCGAGAUCUAGGCCUUUGUCGCAGGUGUUUGCAUCAACAUAAAGGUGGAUGUCAAACCAAACUGUGUGGGAAGAAUGGCUGCGAGCUGAAGCACCAUGAACUAUUGCAUAACGAACAGAAGAGCGCAUCGCUACCAUCGAAUACUUCCCCAGGGAAUGUGGAUAAGCCAUCUUCGUAUCAGCGUCAAGAAUCUACGUCAAAUUCUACCGAGCACGGAUGCCAUUCUCAUCAGGUCAGUUCAAGUAAAGUGUUGUUUCGCUACUUACCCGUAGUGCUGCACGGAAAGCAUCAAUCGAUCGAGACAUUUGCCUUUCUCGACGAUGGAUCCGAGCUCACCCUACUUGAGAAGGAACUGGCAGAUGAACUGCAACUAGAGGGAGAAGAAAUGCCACUAUGCCUGCUUUGGACUGGAGGAGCACAGCGUCGAGAAGAUGGCUCAAAGUCCGUUCAGCUAGAAGUCACUGCGAAGCACAAUGGUCGCAAAAGGUACACCAUGCAUGGAGUCCGUACGGUUGCUGAGCUACUUCUUCCAUCGCAGACACUCAAUUUCGAAGAAUUGUCUGAAGUGUAUCCACAUCUCCAGGGUCUGCCCAACACAUCCUAUCAAGAUAUCCGGCCGAGAAUUCUCAUCGGGAUGAAGGAUCAGCACCUCAGCCUUGUUCGAAAAAGCCGUGAGGGAACACUGAGCCAACCGAUAGCCGUCAAAACGCGGCUAGGAUGGACGAUUUGCGGAGGAGGAAGCCACGACCACGCCGCAAAUCUAGUGCACUCUGUAUUCCAUAUCUGCGCCUGUGACACAUCCAAAGACGACGAUCUACAUAAAAUGAUGAAGGAGUACUUCGCAGUUAACAGCCUAGGAAUUGCACAGCCGAAGAAACGUCUCCUAUCAGCAGACGACGAGCGAGCGCAAACUCUGCUCGAAACACGGACAGCCUUGAAAGAAAAACGCUACGAAACAGGACUAUUAUGGCGUUACGAGAACGUUCGACUGCCAGACAGUUUUCCGAUGGCCCUCCGACGGCUGCAGUGCCUCAGAAAGAGAAUGGAAAAAGAUACCCAACUAGCGGAUGCCAUUAACGAAAAGAUUCUCGAUUUCGUCGAAAAGGGUUACGUCAGGAAGCUCACUGAUGACGAAAUCUCUGAAAAUUGCCCCCGGACUUGGUACCUGCCGAUAUUCCCCGUAACGAAUGUGAACAAGCCCGGGAAGAUUCGCAUGGUGUGGGACGCUGCUGCAAUGGCCCAUGGAGUGUCUCUUAACUCAGUGCUGCUUAAAGGACCAGAUCAAUUGUGCGAACUGUUCACCAUAUUAGUACAAUUCCGUGAAGGCCAAGUUGCUUUAACUGGAGACGUACGUGAAAUGUUCCUGCAGGUACUCAUGCGUCCAGCAGACCAGCAAAGUCAGCGAUUUCUCUGGUAUGACAAAGAUGGGACACUCUCCGUCUACGUGCUUCAGGUUAUGUCAUUCGGGGCGUGCUGCUCGCCUAGUAGCGCCCAAUUCGUUAAAAAUCUAAACGCCGAGCGAUUUAAAGGAGAGUACCCUGAAGCCGUCGAAGUGAUCCAGAAGCGCCACUACGUCGAUGAUAUGCUGGUUAGUGUGGCAACAGACGAAGAAGCGAUUGAACUCGCACAACAAGUAAAAAAGGUUCACGCUGAAGGCGGAUUUGAAAUUCGUAACUGGGUCAGUAACUCUAAACGCGUCGCCGAUUCCUUAGAGAAGAACUAUACCGAAGAAAAGAAUCUUGACCUGUCUACUGAACUAGCCACAGAGAAGGUGCUCGGCAUGUGGUGGUGUACUGAUUUGGAUACGUUUACCUACAAGGUCGGUUGGAGCCGUUACGGUCGAGCACUUCUAGAAGGUCAACACCGUCCAACAAAACGACAGAUGCUGCGUGUGCUCAUGUCCGUAUUCGACCCCCUUGGGUUGAUUGCACAGUUUCUGAUGUACUUGAAAAUCUUACUUCAAGAGUUGUGGCGCUCCGGCAUCGAUUGGGAUGAUCAAGUUGACGAAGUACUUUUUGAACGAUGGCAAACAUGGCUCCGAGUUCUUCCGCAGAUUGAACACAUCAGCAUUCCUCGGUGCUACUCUAGUGGACGAUGCGUCGACCGUAGGGACGUGCAACUUCACACGUUUGUGGACGCUAGUGAAAACGGUAUUGCGGCCGUCUGUUAUCUACGCUUCAAAUACAAUGACAUCGUGGAGUGCAGUAUAGUCGCCGCAAAAACCCGAGUCGCACCUUUGAAAUUUUUAUCUGUACCUCGAUUAGAGCUCCAAGCAGCGUUGAUUGGUGCUCGUCUAGCUCGAGCGAUUUCCGAAGCCCUCACAAUCAAUAUUUCCCAGCAAAAUUUCUGGUCCGACUCCCAAGACGUUCUAUGUUGGAUUGUAUCUGACCACCGCCGCUACUCGCCAUUUGUAGCGUUUCGGAUCAGUGAGAUCCUCGAGUUGACGGAGAUAAAUGAAUGGAGAUACGUCCCAACUGACUUAAAUGUUGCGGAUGAUGGGACGAAGUGGAAAGGACUCCCAGACCUAAAGCCUCAAGCAAGAUGGUUCACAGACCCACCAUUUUUGUACCUUCCAGAAGAUCAUUGGCCUCAAUCGUCGAGACCGUCAAGUACUACCGACCUUGAGCUUCGGCCCAGUGCGAUGUCUCACUUUGUUGCACCUGAUCCCAUAGUACGAGUCAUCGAUUUCUCCAGCUGGGGCAGACUAGUUCGAAUCGUUGCAUAUGUACAGCGUUUCUCCAACAACUGUAAAUUGAAGCGUCUGAGGAUUUCGUACAUGGUCGGCCCUCUCUCUGGUCAAGAAAUGAAAUCUGCUGAAGCAUACCUGAUUCGACAGACGCAGCUGGAGAGUUACCCCGACGAAGUCGCUCUUCUUCAACGAUGUCAACGAGAACUUAACCAGUUCAAAAAUCCGUUACCUAAAACUAGCCAGCUGUACCAAAAAUCGCCAUGGCUAGAUCAGAAUGGAGUUCUCCGAAUGAGAGGCCGGAUCAUCAACUGCGACUACGCUACCGAGGAUGCCAAACACCCAAUUAUCCUUCCCCGUGACCACCCUACAACCAAACUAAUCAUUGCACACUUCCACCGAAAAUUCCACCACCAAAAUCACGAGACCGUAGUCAACGAAAUACGACAAAAGUACAGUGUUCCGAAACUUCGCGGAGCUUUCGCCAACGUUCGAAAGAACUGUCAGCGCUGCAAGAACCAACGAGUCGUCCCAAAGGUGCCAAUAAUGGCCGAUCUACCGGCAACCCGACUAGAUGCUUUCACACGCCCCUUCACCCACGUUGGUGUUGAUUUCUUUGGACCAUACGAGAUCGUUAUCGGCCGUCGAACAGAAAAACGUUGGGGAAUGCUGGUGACCUGCCUUACAACCCGCGCAAUACACAUCGAAGUUGCCCACUCUCUCAGCACUGAUUCUUGCGUUAUGGCACUGCGUAACUUUAUCUCACGGAGAGGGAAGCCGAGAACAAUCUACAGCGAUCGAGGUACGAAUUUCAUCGGGGCGAACAGAGAAAUCAACGAUGCGAAGCUCUCCAUUGACCAAGCGGAAAUAAUGAAAGAAUUUGUGGACACAGAUACCAGCUGGCAGUUCAUUCCUCCCUGUGCACCUCACAUGGGCGGGAGUUGGGAACGCCUCAUUGGCAGCGUGAAGAAGAACCUAAUGGCAAUUUUACCAAUGAGGAAAUUGUCGGACGAAGUCCUACGAAACCUGCUCGUUGAAGUAGAGAAUAUCGUCAACUCCCGACCUUUGACUCACGUUCCCGUAGACGACGAGUCGGAUCCCGCCCUGACACCAAACCAUUUCUUGCUUGGGUCGUCCAACGGAGUAAAACCUCUUUCUCUUAUGGACGACCGUGGAGAAACUCUACGACAAUGCUGGCGGCUGUCACAAGUACAGGCCAACCGUUUUUGGAAACGAUGGAUCACCGAUUACCUACCGGAAAUAACUCGUCGUACCAAGUGGUACACAGACACCAAACCGAUAGACGUCAACGAUGUGGUGGUAAUUGUGGACCCUAAACUGCCCCGUAACUGUUGGCCAAAGGGCCGAAUCAUCUGUAUCCACCCUGGACGGGAUGGUCAACCAAGGUCAGCGACAGUCAGAACAGUGACAGGGGUAUACGAACGCCCGGUAGUCAAACUAGCGGUUUUAGAUGUUCGGCGCGUUGCAGAGUAG